AAGGGAGAAAGCGGAGAGAAGAGAACAGAAUUCAAUUCGUUGAUCUUCCUUCAAUUCCCUGUUACCUCCUUUUCUCUCUCUCGCUGUCUAUCUCUUUGCCCGGAAGUCCAGUCCACAGGAAGAGCCUGCCAGAGUUUGUUUGAAUUCCCUUUGGUUCCCGUUCAAAUCUCAUCGUCGUCUUCUUCUUCUCUUCGUUUUCUCUUUGGAAGCUCAUCGUUCGAUCUAUUCACAUUGUGAUGCGUGCCUGUUCCUGCUAUUCUUCUGCGUCCAGGAAACUUGACGUGCCAAAGAGUUGGCAAGCAAAGUAACUCUUAACUUCUGAGGUGAGAGGAAGCAAGAAAGUAACAAAAGGAUUUGAAGAUAUAGAGAUUCGAGGAGCAUGAACAGUAAAUAAGAUUCUUGGCUAUUUUAGAAGUAUAGGAUUAAUCUUACUAUUAUUUCAUUCAACUAGAAACAUCCAAGAUUCAGCGACCAGGUUCAGGGGGUGACUUGCCCCAAAUUGGUGAGUUCAACCCUUUCCCCAAAGCUAGGAGGGUGAAUUCCUCCCAUGCUGUUGUUGCAAUGGAUGAUGAAAUGGAGAGUGGCAAUUUGGGUCCUUACCAAGACAGGCCAAGGACUUUCCCCAACAUGCGUAAUAAAACCUACACACCACUGAUUUUCCGAAUUCUCAUGAGAAUAAACGUUCGUGUUCUUUUUGUACUUGCGCUGUUGGGCCUUGGAGCUGUAUUCUACAUUGGAGCAAGUACCUCUCCAAUUAUUGUGUUUGUCUUCACAAUUUGCAUAAUCAGCUUUCUGUUUUCAAUAUAUCUCACUAAGUGGGUACUCUCAAAGGAUGAAGGUCCCCCUGAGAUGGCUCAGAUUUCAGAUGCAAUACGUGAUGGUGCCGAAGGCUUCUUUAGGACCCAGUAUGGCACUAUCUCCAAGAUGGCUGUUUUACUUGCGCUGGUGAUCCUUGGUAUAUAUUUGAUUCGUAGUACAACCCCUCAACAAGAAUCUUCUGGGCUAGGGAGGUCAACAUCUGCAUAUAUUACCGUUGCGGCUUUUCUUCUUGGGGCUUUAUGUUCAGGUAUUGCUGGAUAUGUUGGAAUGUGGGUGUCUGUUCGUGCAAAUGUACGGGUAUCAAGUGCUGCAAGACGUUCUGCAAGAGAGGCACUGCAGAUAGCUGUCCGCGCAGGUGGCUUCUCAGCAAUCGUGGUUGUUGCUCUGGCAGUACUUGGGGUUGCCAUCCUCUAUGCCACAUUUUAUGUUUGGUUGGGAGUGGGCUUGCCAGGUUCAAUGAAUGUCACUGAUUUGCCUCUUCUUCUUGUGGGAUAUGGCUUUGGAGCUUCAUUUGUCGCCCUUUUUGCUCAGUUGGGUGGUGGAAUAUACACAAAAGCGGCUGAUGUUGGAGCUGAUCUUGUUGGGAAAGUAGAGCAAGGGAUACCUGAAGAUGAUCCUCGCAAUCCUGCUGUGAUUGCUGAUUUGGUUGGAGACAAUGUUGGUGAUUGUGCUGCCCGGGGUGCUGACCUUUUUGAAAGUAUCGCAGCAGAAAUAAUUAGUGCCAUGAUACUUGGAGGAACAAUGGCUCAGCGCUGCAAAAUUGAAGAUCCAUCGGGCUUUAUUUUAUUCCCACUUGUGGUUCACUCAUUUGACCUAGUGAUAUCGUCAGUGGGAAUACUUUCAAUUCGCAGUAGACGUGACUCCGGAAUGAUAGGAGCAUUAGAGGAUCCUAUGGCAAUUCUUCAGAGAGGAUAUUCUGUUACAAUAUUCUUAGCUGUUGUGACUUUCGGACUGUCUACACGGUGGAUGCUAUAUACUGAACAAGCCCCUUCCGCAUGGUUGAACUUUGCUUUGUGUGGUUUGGUUGGAAUUAUGACAGCAUAUGUAUUUGUUUGGAUAUCUAAGUACUACACUGACUACAAGCAUGAGCCAGUACGCACAUUAGCACUUUCAAGUUCCACAGGACAUGGAACUAACAUAAUUGCUGGUAUCAGUUUGGGCUUGGAAUCAACGGGUCUUCCUGUUCUUGUCAUAAGUAUAUCUAUUGUUUCAGCAUUCUGGCUGGGUCAUACUUCAGGACUGGUUGACGAUGCUGGAAAUCCCACUGGUGGAUUAUUUGGAACAGCUGUGGCAACAAUGGGAAUGCUUAGUACUGCAGCUUAUGUUCUCACCAUGGAUAUGUUUGGCCCAAUUGCUGAUAAUGCAGGUGGAAUAGCAGAGAUGAGUCAACAGCCUGAAAGUGUUCGGGAGAUUACUGAUAUACUUGAUGCGGUUGGCAACACCACAAAAGCUACUACCAAAGGAUUUGCAAUUGGAUCUGCAGCACUUGCAUCUUUCCUCCUAUUCAGUGCUUAUAUGGAUGAGGUGGCUGCAUUUGCUCAAGUACCUUUUAGACAGGUUGACAUUGCCAUCCCAGAAGUAUUUGUUGGUGGAUUGUUGGGCUCUAUGCUUAUUUUUGUAUUCAGCGCAUGGGCCUGCUCUGCCGUUGGUCGAACUGCUCAAGAGGUGGUUAAUGAAGUAAGAAGACAGUUUAUUGAGAGACCCGGUAUCAUGGACUAUAAGGAGAAACCAGAUUAUGGUCGUUGUGUUGCCAUUGUGGCAACAGCAUCUUUGAGGGAGAUGAUAAAACCUGGUGCUUUGGCUAUUGUUUCACCUAUACUUGUUGGUUUUGUCUUCCGGGUAUUGGGCUAUUAUACUGGACACCCUCUACUUGGGGCUAAAGUUGUUGCCUCUAUGUUGAUGUUUGCAACUGUUUCUGGGAUUCUUAUGGCUCUUUUCCUGAACACCGCUGGUGGUGCCUGGGAUAAUGCAAAGAAGUACAUUGAGACUGGUGCUCUUGGGGGCAAAGGGAGCGACUGCCAUAAAGCUGCAAUUACCGGAGAUACUGUGGGAGACCCAUUCAAAGACACAGCGGGGCCUUCACUCCAUGUCCUCAUCAAAAUGCUUGCGACAAUAACUCUGGUGAUGGCUCCCGUCUUUCUGUGACUCAAGAGUUUCCUUGAUGUCCAACUUCUUCUCCUCCUGCCUGCCCUAAAUACUUACUACUGGUGGUAGUCCCCUAAUACUGUUUCUAGCAACAAGUGUAGAAAGAUAAUUAGUAAAAUGAUGAAUGAUAUGAGAUGCCUGCCGGAUGAUUCCUAGCCAUGCAAUUUGUUUUUUUCUUCUUAAAUAAUUGAUAUAAGAUAUUAGUAGUUAGAAAACUUACUUUUGUUUAGUGAAUGAUUUGUGCUCUCUCUCUCUCUGAUAUUUACUUACAAGGCAUUUGAUUUUGUGU